ACGCGUGUCGUCACGCGUGUGCCGCCCCGCCUGGCGGAGCGGUGCCGUGGAGGGACCACGACGGGCGCGUCGCCGAAGGGACACCAUGGUCCUGGGGGGGCCCAGCUGGUGCCUGCUGGUGGGGCUCUGUGUCCUUGUCCCCCCUGUCACCACCCAAGGGGGGCCAGAAGAGGACUUGACGCCCAAUGUCAGGAUGGAGGAACUGGGGUACCACCUCUCCCAAGAUGGGGAGACCCCCCAGGACCCCCAGCGCUGUGUCAUCACCUUCCACACCCCCAGCCCCUGCUCCUCCCGUGGGCCACCCCCCUCCACCUCCACCAAUGAGCUGGAAUAUCUCAAGAGCCUCUUGCAGGCCACCAAGGCCAGCCUGAAGGACCUGGAGAUGGCGGCCAUGCCGGAGGACAACCAGACCCACUACCAGGACAUCAUCACUGAGGCCCUGCCCGCCAUCCACGAGGCCAACCUGGAAUUUCAAGAGAGCCUGGAUAAUGUCCGCAGAGAGCUGGAGGCUCAUGUGGCUGAGGUCAAUCACCCACAGGUGGCUGAGAAGAAGGAGAAGCUGCGGCAGGAUGUCCUCCUGGUGGCUCACAUGCUACGUCUCACCAGCCACCUGGCCCAGACCCUCGAGGACGUGUCCCACCACCUCCACUCCCAACUGAGCCGGCCCCCACCAAGCUUGGCCACCCACGGUGUCGCUGCUGAGCCCUAGGACACGGGGGACAGGCUCCACGCUGUCACCACUGAGCUCCAGGGCAGCGGGGACAGGCUCCACGCUGUCACCACUGAGCGAUGUCACUGCUCACGCGAUGCUGUCACAAACGCGAUGCCCACGCGAUGCAGAACCCCACUCCUGAGCAUCCCUUGCAUUUCUCCUGUAGGAUUUCUGCUGUCAUACUGCCCAGCCUGGUGCCACCACUUGUGCCCAGCUCAGUGCCACCAUGUGUGCCCAGCCCGGUGGUGGGUCCCUCCUCUCCACGGUGUCUGUCCCCAUCCCACCAGACCCCUGCACCCUCUGCUUCUUCCUGCAGGACCCAUGUCCCCCCAGCUCCCAUGUCCCAUAUCCCAUGCCCCCCCCCCAAUCCCUACAGGGAGCCAUGCCAGAAUCCAGCUCCUGGAGCAUCUCAAAGGGGCUGAAGAAGUAAUUCCCAGGAAUUUGUGGCUGGCCUGGAUCCUGGUGGUCUGGCUGCAUCAUCACUGGGCAGAGCUGCUGCUGGUUCCACUUCAUCCUUCACCCUUGGGAUUGCCUUGCUUAGGCUUGGGAGAGCCUUUGUGUCCCUAGGGUGGGACUGGCUGGCUGGCUGGCUCCAGAGUUUGGUAUCCCAAGGAUGGGAAAGGGGCAGGAAAAACCCCCAGGUAGUGAUAUUUCUGCAGGCGGUGAAAUGAAGAUGUGUCAUGCUCUGCUGGGCACUGGCCUCAGUUCCGGGGGUUUCUGCCCAUCCGUGGCUGUCCCAGGGGGAAGGAGGAUGGAUGCAGGUGGCUGCAGCCCUCACAGCCACUUCCAAAACAGUCACACCCUGAAGGGGAUGGACCCACCCAACAUCCAUGAUGCUUCCCACCCUGCCCCCACCCCCAGCCAUCAGUCCAGCAUCCAGUGUUCAGCUCCAGUUUUUUCUGGAAAAUCAGUGUAGUUUUUCCUUUUUUUAUAUUCCUUGAUUAAUUCCUCACGAGCUUAAACCAACUCAUCCUUCUCUCUCAUUCCCUUCUUUUGGUGGCUCUGGAUUGAUCUCCUGGAGCAGACUUUGCAAUUUCCAGCUGCUCCCCAUCCCUCCAGCAUCCGACCCUCUGUCUUUCCCCAUCUCCCUAACUUUGUGGCUCCAUCUAAUCCCAAACUCCCCCCCUUUGACUUUGCACCAGCAAAAUGGCCGUGGGUCUGGAGAGAGAACAACCCAAUAUCUGCCCUGCCUUUGGCAUCACUGGCUGUUGGGGUGGUGAGAUGGUGGGAUGUUGGCUCUGCUGUCCUUUUCCCCAUGAAUUUCUGGUGUUUGGCAUCCCAAGAAUGUCAGGAACAGCUACAAGGAUGCAGGUGGGAUAGGGAUUCUGCAGCAGGAUGGGAAAGGAGCAGCAAGUCCAUGUGCCCUCCAUGCCCUGGCCUGCCUUUUCAUUUAUGUCCCAAGGGAGAGGAAGGAACUGGUUGGGCAGAUUUCCCAGGACUGGAAAUUUGCAGCCCUGGACUUCCUUGGCAGGAAGGUUGUACAUUAAAUUUCCUUUCCAGGAAGGAAGGAGAGAAGAUGGUCUGGGGAGAGGGUUGGGAGGCCAGGGAGCAGUGGGGAGCUCUGGGGUUCCCAUUGUCUUGUGGUCGGAGAACCACCUCUCCUGCACCAAGUAUCCCUGUCCCCAUCCAAAGGGAUGGGGACACCUGAGGCAGGAGGGGGAAGGGCUCUGCAGUGGUGGGGCUGAUGCUCCAUGUUGCCCUGACUUUGCUUUCCCAGUUUUGCCAGUGUCCCCUCGACAGCAUUUUCUGGAGCAAGCGUGGGGGCUGCAUGGGGCCAGCACAGGACCUUGCACCCCAUGUCCCCCAGAGCAGGGGACAUCACUACUCCCUGGAGCUGCUUUGCCCACCAGCACGAGGCUGUGGAGCAGGGGGGGAACCCUGGGCUGGGUGGGACAGGGGGAGCAGCCCCCUGCAUUGUCCCCUGUCAUGUCCCCCGCAAUACCCCACAUAACCCCCCGUGCAAUUCCCCGUGCAAUGCCCUGUGCCAUUCCCGAUAUGAUUCCAAAUGCAAUUCCCCAUGCAGUGCCCUGUGCAAUUCCCCAUACAAUUCCCGCUGCAACGCCCCGUUCCGAGCCCCGUCUCCACUUCUCCUCAGCACUUUCCCUCCCGUCCCAUCUCUCUUUCCACCCCCCUUCCUCUUCACCCAUCAAGCCCCACAUCCCCUUCCAUCUCCCUUGGAAAAGAGUCACAGCCCCCCUGGCCAAUCCAGCCCUUCCCACCCCCGAGAAGGAGCAGAGGAGCCUUCCUCCCCCGACCCCCGCCUCCUCCCCAGCCUCCCAUGGCUCUCCCUCCUCCCCCAGCCCCUUGUCGUCACUGUCACCGCUUGGAGCAGGAGCUCAGU